CGAAAAGCCGACUCUCAUCAGAUAAUAGCCCUCAUUACUUUCGCGUUUCUCGUCCCGGUCUGUUCUUCUUCUGAAUAGACCAAGACAUCCUGAACUUCGAAUCCCACAUGAGCACCCCAUCCCACGUUGGUCUGUCUGGUGAUACCUUUCUCAUGUCGGACCCAUCAGCGCUGUUGGGUUAUCCCCCAAUCAGCGAUACGGAUGCACUGAUACGACGAGGCUUGCUUAUCAUUUCACCGUCCCAGAUCAACCCGAAUAAGUCUGAGCCGUUUGGCGCGACUCGGCCGGUGAACUACGAAUUUGAGACGGGAGGUCCGUCACUUAUAAUUGGAGAAGCAAUAGCAAUCUUCUUCAUUAUCCUGUUCACUUCCGCAAGACUCUACAUGAGGCUGUUCAAGAAGAAGAGCUUUGGCCUUGAUGACUGGAUGAUCUUGCCCGGAGCCAUUGGCGCUGCUGUCUACUUGUCGCUCGAUAUCAUUUCUCAAACCAAGGGAUGCUUGGGAAAGCACAUUCAUGACUGCACAUACACGGAGGUCUACUGGUUCAUCCGCAUAGCCAACGUGGAGCAGCCUCUCUUCUACUUCUGCGUCUUUUGCGUCAAGCUCAGUGUCGCCCUCGCAAACCGACGCAUUACUGGCCUGACUUCGCGAAAAUGGAUGACGAUACACUGGAUAUUUAUCAGUCUCUUCCUUUUUCUUUUACCCUGUUCCGUCUUCUUGCAGGCGUUCCAGUGUAUACCGGUUCCAGCACGCUAUUCCUUGAUCUACAUCGGUAGCAUGGCAGACCCGCACGAAUUCAAAUGUAUUGAUACCAAGGCUGUGAGUCUUGCGACACGUACCCUUCAUAUGGUGACGGAUAUCGCCCUACUCUGCGUUCCUAUCACCAUCUUGGUACGCCUCAAAAUGCCCACCCGAAAAAAGGCAAGACUCAUUUUUAUCUUCGCUUUGGGUGGUAUGUCGACAUUCGCUUCAAUUCUCCGCAACAUCGGAGUUCUUCGAUAUAGCGACGACAUCACGUGGCAAUACCACGACGUAUAUGUUUGGAACACUAUUGACCUCUGCUUUGCCGUGGUCGUAGCUUCGCUGCCUGCGCUAAAUAGUCUUCUCGAUGUUGGAUUUGACCGCAUAAAGAAGUUAAGUAGGCACUCCCUUUCCUCUUCUUUAACCGGCAGAUACAGCAUCAGAAACUAUUGGAGGACAAAAACAUCUAAAAAAGAAGGCCCUGGCGCAGACUCGGGCGCGGGUCUUCAUGAAUUUCCUUACCAUCGUAUGGAAAGUGCAAAUACUAUUAUUAAGGGGGAGAGGAAUCUAGAAAACAGAAACGAAGGGUUUAAUCCCGUAUUCAGCGGUGUUAUUACUUAUAAUAGCGAUUUACGAGGAAUGCCGGCCGGUAGCGAGGAUUCUUUAACAAGGGUUUAAUAAAUAUUAAAAUGUAAAGGUUAUAAAGGUGAUAAGAAUUCUUCUAAGUACUUAGUGUAAGAGUAUGGGUGCGGAUAGCACUAAGCUAUAAGAACUAAUAAUAAGGGUGUAAGACAACAAA